AAUGAUCAAUUUAAUUUGUCCUAAUAUUACUUAUAAACCAGUUAUUAACUGGUCUUUUUUUUUUUUUUUGAGCUUGUAUGGAUGUGUAACAUACAGUGUUAUUUAAGCUCAAUUAAUUUGUUUAUUUUGCUUAUAAAUCAGACAUGAUGUUCAUUUUGUUUUCACUUUUCUUCCUUUUUUUCUUUAUAUACUAUUUUAAAAGUGGAAAACUUAAUAAAGUUCCUGUGAAAAAUAUAUGUAACGUAUGCUUGAAACCUUCCAAGAACAAAUGUACAAAUUGUAAUCAAAUAUAUUAUUGUUCUAAAAAAUGUCAGAAAAAAGACUGGAAAGAGCAUAGAAAGGUGUGUGGAACAGUUGGAACCGAGCUCAUCAUACCAACAAGUUCAUCUUCAUCUGAAAUGCGUGAAUUUAUAUCGGAUUUGAUCUCUGAUGAUGUUGUAGAAAAUUUCAAUGUACCUGAUUUUGAACAAGAAUAUGCCAUUAAAUAUCCACAUGAAAAGAUGCAUAUUCAAUUCCUUAAUUCUGCUCAAUCAUCAAUAGAAUAUCUUCAACUUAUCGGAAGAUUCAUAGACCAUGAUCCUGACGAACCUGACCCGAAAUAUAUUAUGAAUAGAUGGAAUGAAUUUUCUGAAGUUCUCAUAAAUUUUCUCACAACUCCAAGAAAAAUUGGUGAUAUUUUUACCGGAAAAAUGAAAUCUCAAUAUCUAGGGGGUAAAGAUGUGGCCGCUCAAAGCUUUAGUAGCAUGUCAAAGCUAAGUUUAACAUAUGACCAAGGCAAGGUUCAUAUUGCUGUCGGUUUUGUAGAUUUGGAUUUACUUUUACAAGCUGAAAUUACUCAGAAUAUGAAUUUUAUUGAACAACCAAAUAAAUUCAUUGGGUAUGAAGGAUCUGUUUAUGCGGUAGCAAAAACUAAUGUGAUUAAAGAAAUGAUGGUGAAAAAAGUUCCAAUUCGAUCAAUAAUAGAAGUGUGGUUCUCUUCUGUAUGGACAAUGGAGACUUUAAAAUACUUUGAGAAGGCCGUCAAAAGUGUCUUACAAUUCGGAGAUGCACCUAAUGAUGGUCCACCUAACCCAACAAAAAAGGAGCUUCAUCCAAAAGUCAGAUCUCUAAUCUCUCAUUGGAAUAAGUCUAUCAGAUCACCAAAAUCUCACCAAGAAGCGCAUAAACUCUGGACAAAAACUUUUAUUUCAGAAGAUAAUGUAUUUUUUAUUGUUGCUAAUCUUGUUGAGCCACGAGAUCGUGUACAAGUUGCACGUCAUAUUCUUACUGGUGAGUUCCCCCUUAUGGAUGAUCAACCACCAAAAAAUCUAAUCGCAAGCAUUACAAUGUUCAAUUGUAAUAACGGAAUUUUACCACAUUCUUCAAAUGAAUUCAUGCUCCAAAUGAUGCCAAUGGACACCAUUUUAUCUAAGAAUCAACGUAAAGAAAUCAGCUUUUUGAAUGCAAUUUACAACUUCCUUGAAAAUGCGAUUAUAAAAGUUUGCAAUUGGUUAUCACCACUUGAGGGACAAGCUGGAAAGAUUGAAAUUUAUCUACAUUUUCAACCUGUUACCAAUGAUAAUUCUGCAUUGCUUGUCUCCAUUCGUCAAUUAGAUCCAUGGAUAAUGUCUUGGAGUAAUAUUUGCGAUUACUUUUAUGUGCACGAUUUUCAUAAGAUGCUUCGCGCCUGUUCAGGAAAUGAUACAAUUCACAUAAUGACAUCGAUCGAUUGGUUUAAGGAGGUAUUUGGUGCGCAUAUCAUGGAAUAUGAUGGUAGGGUUCGUCACGGGAUGUUGAUUGAUGCACAAAAGAAGAUUUCGAUGGCUGAAAAGGUUGUAGACCCAUCUGGAUAUUUCCAAUAUACCAAUGUUAUAUCACAUCCGUAUAAUAUUGGUGAUAUAUCAGCGAUGAUGAUGGUGAAGGAGAAUUGGCAAAAUUAUUUUUUCAAAGAUCAGGACUUAAAUAUUGGUGAUUUUUCAUUCAUACCAUAUGCUCAUACACAUAAAACACAUACUCUCUUGAAUAUUUGUUAUACAUAUAAUAAGAAAGAUUAAUAUUAAACCUUAUUACAAAUAAAUACUUCUUAUUAUUUUAUUUU